AGACUCUGGCUCUGCGCCUUGCCUUUCCCCUUUCCUUGGCAGCUGACAGAUAUUACCAAGAUUUUAUCUGAGUUCUCUUUUAAUAAAGUUCUUUGUUUCACAGCAAAAAAACCAAAAAGCAACUGAUCGACCAUGGCUUCUACUAGCCAGAGAGCCAAGGUUUCUCCUGCUCCUCCCCAUUUUUUCAAGAUUAUUCUUGAACAAACUCUUGAGAACAACAAGUUACAAAUUCCUAAGACAUUUUGGAUGAAAUACUGUGGUUCCUUGUCGAGUAGUCAAGUAAUUCUUAAGCUUCCAUGUGGAUCAAGAUGGGAGGUUGGGUUGACAAAGAGUGAUGGAAACGUAUGGAUAGAAAAGGGUUGGAAUAAAUUUGCAGAACAUUAUUCUUUAAACCGUGGAAACCUCCUUGUUUUUCGAUAUGAUGGGGUCUCUCAGUUCACGGUUAUCAUAUUUGACAAAACCACCACAGAGAUAGAUUAUUCAUCUAACCCUAGCCAUUUUGAGAAGCAUGUUGAUACGGAUGAAGAUGAUGAUGUUUCUAUUGAAGUUUUGGAUAGCACUUCAUGGAGUCCUAAAACCAGGGACAAAUCUCCAUUACCAUGUUCUCGGCCCCAAAAGAAAAUGAGACAAAGUGCUCUUGGUAAAGCACAAAGCAACCUAUCUCAUCUUAGAUCUAAAGUUAUGCAAAAAGGAAGCUUAUCAAGUAAAGUAGGUAACACUAUAGGUAACAUAACUGGCUUGUCUACCCCAAAGAGAUACCAGAAACCCUCGCCUGUCUACACAAACACCUCUGCUCUUGAAAGGGUCAAUUACUUUCAAUCUGAAUAUCCUUUCUUUACUGUUAUUAUGAAAUCAUCAUAUACAACUGGUCGGAGAAAUUUCCAUAUACCAAGCUGGUUUGCAGAAACAUACGUUAAAAAGAAAGAAUGUGAAGCUAGCCUUUGGGUUUCAAAUGGUAAAUCUUGGUCUGUUCAAUACAAAGUCAUAGGUAGAUCAGCCGAAUUCGGUUAUGGAUGGAAAGCAUUUGCCCUAGAGAAUAGUUUGGAAGUGGGUGAUAUUUGCAAUUUUGAACAGACUAAUAAUUAUGGCAAUGAAAUAUCAUUUAGAGUUUCCAUUGUUAAGGUUGAAGAUGAUGCAUAUAAUGACUUAGCUGCAAAGAUAUCAACUAAUCAGUCCAAGCGAAAUGUGGAACUUGAUUCUUCAUUUGUUGGCAAUGAUAAAGCGAGCAUGAUUUCACAGAACACAAUCGAACGAGAGAAAUUUGGUGUUGCAGAUAAGUCCAGGAAGCUGAUAUCUGAAGUAAAUACAGGCAACCGAGGCACUUCUUAUAAGAGGCCUUCAUCUUCUGUAGUUUGGAGAACUUCUGAAGCAGCCAGUAAUUCCUUUUCAGAAAAUCCUUGCUUCCAGGUGGCUUUGCGAUCAGCUCAUGUGCAAGGAUAUAAGCUAUCUAUUCCAUUGGAUUUUGCAAGACUUUACUUUAAGGAAAAGACACAAACUAUGACUCUUUGGGUUGGUGAGAGUUGUUGGUAUGUGAAGUUUUUGGUUUAUAAAUCAUCAGAUUAUUCUUUUUCUGCUGGAUGGAGUGUAUUUGCUAGAGAAAACUCUCUUCAGCCAAGAGAUGUCUGCAUCUUUGAGCUGAUUAAGAGGAAUCACCCUGAGCUCAAAGUUUCCAUAAUUAGACAAAGUGCUGCAAAGAUAGCAACUACACCGUCCAAGCAAAAUGUGAAACUUGAUUCUUCUUUUGCUGGCAUGAUUUCACAGAACAUAAUCGAAAAGAAAGAACAAGAGAAAGUUGUUGUUGAACUUUCAGAGAUAUCUGAAUCAAAUACUGGCAACCAAGACACUAAUAAGAGGCCUUCACCUUCAGCAGUCAGGACAGCUUCUGAAGCAGCCAGCCAUUUCUUUUCAAUAUAUCCUCGCUUCAAAGUGGCUUUGCAAUCAGAUCAUGUGCAUGGAGGAUGUAAACUACCUAUUCCAUUGACUUCAGCAAGCUAUUAUUUUGGGGAAAAGACACAAACUACGAUUCUUUGGGUUGGUGAGGAAUAUUGGAAUGUGAAGUUAAUUGUUAAUGAAUCAGAAUAUAAAUUGUCAACUGGAUGGGCUGCAUUUGCAAGAGAGAACUCUCUUAAGCCAAGAGAUAUCUGCAUUUUUGAGCUGAUUAAGAGGGAUCAACCUGAGAUGAAAGUUACCAUAUUUAGACAUGACAUUUUAUACUUCUGAGCUAAACUACUGACACUCUAGUUAACUUAUUUCAGUGUUGUUAAGAAUGUUAGUAUGUAAUGAUACAUAUAAUCACCUCCGUGACAAGUGUUACUGAUGUCACGGUUAAACUUCUGAACUAUAUCUUUUUUGUAUCACAUUUUCACAGUCUAGGGAUGACUUAAAAGUACUUAAUUAUCA